AGCCUUGACUGCGACAUCACUUCGGCAAGUCGAUCUAUCUAAGACAUCAUUGGUCAUCUCGAGAGGUUCAUCGUCGCCUGUGAAAGCUUUAGGUAUACCAUCAGUGGAAGUUCUCAAAGUCUCAGAGAUAAGAGUCUCUAUCAGUAAUCGCCGCGUCUAAAAGUUCUGAAAGUCUCAGAGAUAAGAGUUGAUUCUCACGCGGUGGCGAGUUGAUGAUGGGUGUCGGUUCGUGUGCUUUGGUAUCGACUCAUCUCCUCACAAUCGUUACAAGCUCCAUUGAUUCAACGCCAUUAAUGAGUUCUUAAGUCUUCGGUGAUCAAUCGCUCAUUCAAUGAUUCCAACCCCUCUUUCACGCAGUAUUUCUCCACCUAUAAAAAGGUAAGAUCCUCAACCCUUGAGAAUCACCUCACAAUUCCAACAACAAUAGAAAUUUCUUUCUCAUUAUAAUUAUGGCUUACUCCCCUGAUCUAUUUUCUGAUUUGGAGGUCUGGCUGCACGCAAGAAACGUUAGACGUGGUGGCGAGUUGAUGAUGGGUGUCGACAUUCUCUUUGUCGAUUCUCAGGCGACUUCCAUUCCAGCCACCAUUGAAAAGGAGGUAGCACUCAAGAUUCAAGAGGCAGAUGGUUCAUGGUAUGGAAGUUGGGUAAUUUGCUACACAUAUGCAACGUGGUUUUCUCUUGGAGGCUUGGCACGAACUGGUAAAACAUAUGAAAACUAUUUGGCUAUGCAUGAAGGUGUUGACUUCCUUCAAGAAACUAAACAACAAUGGAGGUUGGGGAGAAAGAGAUAUAUAGAAUUAGAAGGAGGAAGAUCAAACCUGGUGCGAACCUCUUGGACAUUGAUAGGUCUGAUUCAAACAUAUCAGGCCGAGAGAGAUAUACUGCCUCUUCACCGUGUUGGGAAACUGAUCAUCAAUUCGCAUUUAGAAAACAGAGACCACCCUCAACAGGAAAUGACAGGAGUGUUCAUGAAGAAUUGUAUUCUAAACUAUGUCACCUACAAGUAAAGAAUUGUAUUUGCAGAAACUAAGAAUUGUUACGUAUGAUUAUCCAUAUAAUCCCACGUAGUGGGACACUUGUCCACUCCAAGUUAAUUUUGUGCAUCAUCAUC